CAUCAUUAUCAUCAUCUUAAUACCGUUAACUUGUUACUCGAGUUGAAGACUAUUGAUGUUAAUCAAGUUCCGAACGAUAAUAAGAAUAUUAUUUUUUCGUCUCUUUCUUUUUUCUUCAUCAUCAUUAUCAUCAUUUUCAUGAUAAUCAACUUUACGGAUCAACCUAAUUUACUUGAUUGUCGGGAUUUUAAAUAUUAACUGUAACUAAAUCAAGAAGAUCCAGUUUCUCGUAGCCAAUCAUUUCCGUCUUUAACCUUUUCUCUUAACCUUGUUGAUUACUUUGUUUACUAUUUACAUCAUCCACCUUUUAUCAUCCUCAUCCUCAUCCUUUUCAUCAUCAUCAUCAUCUUCAUCUUCAUCUUCAUCUCUCUCACUCACUCUCUUGCCUAUCCUGAUCUUUUAAUCACAAUCAAUAGGCAAUCAACUUGUGUCUGAGUGUUGAUCAACAAAUUGUUUUUUUUGUCUUCAUUGAUUUGUGAUUUGAUUUCCUAUGACAAUUAAUGGGGAUCCUUAUUAAUUGUUGGUGAACAGUUAAUUGUGUACAUCACUGAUAUACAAUAUGGUUAACAAUUUAAACUUAUUAACUUGAGAUUUUCAAGUCAAGCGUCAACAAUUUAUAUUCAUCUCUGAAAUCAACGUGUUUAAUUGUUACUUUGUAAUUGUUGAUUGUUAUUAGAGUUCAUCCAAUCUUUAUCAUCAAAAUCACUAUCAUCAUAACUUAAUUGUAACAAUUUAAAUCAUCAAAAACAUGGAUAGUUUUCAAAUGGAUUAUGCCAGUGAUUAUGAGGGAAGCUGUGGUCGUAGUCAUGGUCAUCAUGGUCAUCAUUCACAAAUAAGAAGUCAUCAUCAUCAACCUCGACAUCAUCAUCACCGUGGACGGUCACCAUCAUCAGCGACUGGACGAUCAACACCCGGCUCAGAAUCUUCAAAUGAACAAGCCAAAACAAGGAUGAGAUGGAUACUCUCAUUGGGACUACUUUUACCUGCACUUGCAGCGAUCAUAGGUGUCGUAGCUUGGGCUGUAAGUGCUGAGGUUGUUAUGGGAGCAAGAAGGGAAUCAGCAUUUAAAUUAUCUGGUCCAUCACGAUUUCAUUCAAAUGGUCAUCAUGAUGAAUUUGCUAUUGACCGAUUGGACCUUAAACCAGGUGAAGCUAAGAAUCGUAUAUCAUCAUCAUCAUCAGCAUCCUCAUCAUCUUCAUCACCCUCAUCUUCACCCUCAUCUUCAUCAAUCUCAUCAACAGCUCAUCGUAAUGGGAUGAGCAAAGAGUCCAGAAUUACUGAAUCAAAAUUGGACGAUUUGAAUCAAUCAAGUCAAUUUAAAUCAUCAAAGGUUGAUGAUAAUCGCAAUGCCAAUGUUUACUUUCUUGCAGGUUUGGAAUCACUAAACUCUGAAGCAAGGCCAAGUUUCGCUGGUUAUCGUUCACCGGGUGAACCAAAUAAUAGUGGUAAUAGUAAGAAAAGCGCAGGGGCUCGAGUUGCCGAAGUGAUCGAUCGAUUGGUCCAGCAGAGGAAGAGCGAAGGGUCAUCUCCACAUAUCGUCGUAGUUGCACCUUUGUCCGAUAAAUCGAAAAAAGGUUCAGGCUCUGCUCAAACAACGACUUCUAAGCCAACCACUUCAACGACCACCACAACCACUCCACCGCCAAGGAAUCGUUACAACGAUGAGACUGGAGCAUUUUCUCGAGAUGCUGACACCUUAUUAGCCGCUGCUCAUCUUUUAGCUCGUCAUUCGACUGCAUCGAAAAGAUCAGAUGACGAGAAGGGAAUUUUCUCAAUCGAAACAAGUUCCAGUGACGAAAAGCCUGGCUUUGAAUCGGCUAAUUUAAUCGCAAGCACUUCUACCGCUGGUCAAUCGGCAGAAAGUGCCGAUAGUACUGCCAAGGAAACUGGUACUGGACAAAGUGGUACAACAAAUGUUGGUGCUAAUGUUAAUCCAAGUGUCAAUUAUCAUUACAACAGUGCGGGGAUUAAUAAACAUGCAUCUUACGAGCGACAAUUAAAUGGUCAAGCUCAUCAUGGCGGACGAAUGAUGGCCUCAUCAACUCAACAUCUUCCAGUUUAUGUCGUUUCAAAUCGUAUGGGACAUGGACCCAUGCAAGGUCAUUACAGAUCAGGUCCAUCACAUCAACACCAACAAGGUCAACAUCAUCAGCAAAUGAUGGCAGCGGCAAGUCAACAGAAUCCAACUUAUGUAUCUUCAUAUGGUCAUCAACAAUAUCAAGGUUAUCAGGGUGACCACCAAGGACAAGCAUCGUCCCUCCAUCAUCAUGGUCAUCCCCAUGGUCACCUUCAAGUACCUCAAGGAGUUCAACAGCAACAAGCACAACAACAACAACAACAACCUGGUACUCAGGGUUACCAAAUGAAUCACCUUGGACAACAACAGCAACAACAAGGACCCAAUGGUCAACAAGUUGGACGCGAUUACCAAAUGGCCGCUGAAAGUUUCCCUCGUCCCUCAUUCAUCAACAACAGAGAUUCAUAUGUAGCCCAAGAAAGUGCACCGCUCCUUGAUUUCCAUGCCUCACAAGUUCCUGAAGAAUCAGGGGGUUACCAAGAAUCUACACCACAAAAGGGAUUAACCUUCCACUUUGGCGGUGGUCCAAUGGGCGGCGGUGGUCAAGUAAUGACCAGUCCAUUGGGUAUAUUUAAAACUCUCCUACUUCCCUUAUUACCCAAACCGCGAGUCAACUUAAAUGGUAAAGUUGUUUUCGGCGUCGUCCUAGAAAAGGGUGUCGGCUACGGUAAACAAAAGAAACACCAUCCACCGCCACCACCACCUCCACCUCCACCUCAUGGUUUCCACCAUUUCGGCCGAAGAAGAUAAAACGAAACAACAAACAAUCAAAAGAAAACACAUCAACAUUAUCUUAUUAUUAUUCUUAAUUAUUAUUAUCUAUUCUUCUCUUUUUUUGUCAACUCUCGAAAACCAAUCAAAACAAAUGUCCAAAAGAACAAAAAAAUCGACGAUUUCCAAAAAUCGAAACAAAAACCACCUCCAUCAUUUGCCUUUCUCUCUCUCUUUGUUUUCAUCCAAUUUCCACUCCACCUUCAUAAGCUUUAAUUGGAAAAGCAUCUUCAUCAAAGUGACUCUCAUUUUCAACCUUUUUGUUUACAUUUGUUUUAAUUGUUCACAAUUAUUUAAUUUAAAUAAAUUUUAGUUUAUUAAAUUAAAACCAAAA